AUGUCCUGUAUGUACACCUACCCUAACAACACAGCAUUCUCCAAAGCCUACUGGACCACCUCAGGCACAGGAGCUGCAGGACCCGACCUUCUUGAGCAGUCUCGACACCAGGUGGGUGUAUCUUGUAACCAUCAGGGCAGGGCUAAUGCCAGCUGUAACACCAAUGGCUGUUCUCUCCGCCUGGCUGGUGUGACCGCGGCAGAUUCGCUGACGUACUUCUGCAGGAUCAUCACCAAUGUGGAUCUGGAGAAAUGGACUGGACAGCCAGGCAUGGAACUCUCUGUCAGAGAGCUGCAAGUAAAUGGUCCUUCAGCAGUGGCCAUGGGAGAGUCCCUCACUCUCAGCUGUGACUCCAGCUGCCCUCUGGCCAACGACGCGUCCUACACCUGGACAAAGGACGGACGCCCCAUAGAGACACAACCACAGCAGGGCAACAACUCAGAGGAGUAUAAGCAGAGCACCCACAGGAAGCAGCUGCAUAUUGAGCAUGUCACCAGAGGCGACGCCGGCAACUACUCCUGCGCUGUUGAAGAUCAUGGGAGUGUUAGCUCUGGGCCUAAUAGGGUCACCGUACUGUGUAAGCCCUCUGGAAAGAUCCUGCCAGGUACAUCAGUGACUCUGACCUGCAGCAGUGAUGCCAACCCACCUGUGGAGAACUACACCUGGUUUAAGAUGAACGAGUCCACUCCAGUAGGAUCAGGACAGCAGUUCACCAUCUCCAACAUCAGACCUGAGGAUGCCGGACAAUACUACUGUGAGGCCAGGAAUGAAAGAGGGGCAACGAAUUCAAUGGCCUUUCCAAUAAAUGUCGAAGAGCUGCAAGUAAAUGGUCCUUCAGCAGUGGCCAUGGGAGAGUCCCUCACUCUCAGCUGUGACUCCAGCUGCCCUCUGGCCAACGACGCGUCCUACACCUGGACAAAGGACGGACGCCCCAUAGAGACACAACCACAGCAGGGCAACAACUCAGAGGAGUAUAAGAGCACCCACAGGAAGCAGCUGCAUAUUGAGCAUGUCACCAGAGGCGACGCCGGCAACUACUCCUGCGCUGUUGAAGAUCAUGGGAGUGUUCCCUCUAGGCCUAAAAGGGUCACCGUACUGUAUCCUCCACAUGAUGUCUUGGUGUUUGUGAGGCCCUCCGGAAAGAUCCUGCCAGGUACAUCACUGACUCUGACCUGCAGCAGUGAUGCCAACCCACCUGUGGAGAGCUACACCUGGUUUAAGGAGGACGAGUCCACUCCAGUAAGAUCAGGACAGCAGUUCACCAUCUUCAACAUCAGCUCUGAGGAUGCA